CACGGAUUUAUAUAUUUUUACAUAUAUAAAUGUAUAAGAAAGAAAUAAGCAAAUAUCGUCUUAUUUAUCUGGCUAGUAUUCGAUGCAGUAUCGACAUCUGACAUCACCUUUCCACAAUUAUUUGCUGGAAGCGUACAUGCUGCCAUAAGAAAACCAGCCUGGUUUCCUGAUUUCGGAAACACUACAACUUAGAAAUGCUUCUAAUCCACCAGCAACUUCGUUUCAUCUCAUUUCCGUUUCACAUCCCUUCAACUCAUGAACUCCCCUCUCCUUCUCAUUCUCAUCUCAGCUCACACUAGACAUGGAUUUAGGUUGUUCUCUGAGCUCUGAUGGCUUGGUCUCUGUCUAUUCUGACCCCAAUAUUCGUAUGCCCUCCUCUUUGUUUCCCUUGGAAUCUGAACCCAGCAAGCAAAGGGGACUGUUCCAAUCCAGUUUCUCCAAGCAUGGAAGGUCCAUUGUGGUUGAGGACAAUGAUGAAUACUGGAGUCGUUUGAAGACGGCUAGAUGUGAUACAAUGCUCACAGCAACAAGCAAGGCGGCAGCUUGCCUCCUUAGAUCCGGCUCUCAUACCCUUUUCCCUGAUGGAGAGCAAAUGCUGAACUUUUCUUCAUGGAAACCAGAAGCUUUGGUGCUCAAUAAUCAUUGGAACUUACCUUUCUUCAACCAUCCAUCAUCAUCUUCAUGCUCUUCAGCUUACCCUACCUUCAGGAACGCAGGAGUGUGCUCUGACAACUCAACCCUUAACAUGCAUGGAGCUGUGUCUGGGAUCAGAGGACCCUUCACCACUUCGCAGUGGUUAGAACUGGAGCACCAGGCUCUGAUCUACAAGUAUAUAGAUGCAAAAAUGUCAAUACCAUCAAAUUUGCUCAUGACAAUCAGACGAAGCAACAACCAAUCUGGGUUCUCAUCCUUCACUGCUGGAUCUUUUAGACAAACAGGCACAUUGGGAUGGGGAAAUUUCCAUCCAGGUUUCUCUGGAGGUGCUGACCCAGAGCCUGGCAGAUGCCGUCGAACCGAUGGAAAAAAGUGGCGGUGUUCGAGGGAUGCAGUUGUUGAUCAGAAGUACUGCGAGCGACACAUGAACCGCGGUCGCCAUCGUUCAAGAAAGCGUGUGGAAGGCCACCUUGGCCAUGCUGCAAAGGCAGCUGUGCCUGCCAUCACUUCUUCACAAUCCGCAUCAGCUGUUUCCAGUGGUGGUUCUUCUAACAACCUUACCACUGCUCAGCAGCAGAGCGAAAACUUACAAUCAAGUGGGACAGAACCUUCAUCCCUGCAAUUGGAUAGGUUGCUAAUAAACAAAGACAAUACAGGCGACCAAAGACGAAAUUCCCAAGGUCUCUCCAUGAUGACUGAUUUAAUAUCCAAAUCCACAGGUACCUUGUUACCUAUUUCCAAGCAACAAAAUCCCUUUGAAGAAACAUCGACCCGUGUAGACUUGGGACUGAUAUCUACUGAUUCCCUACCUAACAGUCAAGGAAACUGCUCCUCAGAGAACCUUAGUUUUGUUUUCUAUAACCCUGAAAUGAAUGAUCAACAUAUUAGAUCCCAUCCCUUUCGACAUUUUAUUGAUGAUUGGUCGAAAAACCCUUCUGAUGCUGAUGUGGCCGAUAAGAUGCAAUCAUACAGAACCGAACUCUCUAUUUCGAUCCCCAUCUCUUCUUUGGGCUUCUCAUCAUCCCCUUGCUCCCCCAUCCAAGACAAACUGUCAUUUCCCCCCUUCAGAUUAUCUUCUGAGUUGGAUCCUCUGAAUGCUGGCAGCCAAAGAGGUUUAAGUUGGGUACCAAUUUCUUGGGAACCAACCAUUGGAGGACCUCUUGGCGAGGUUUUGACUAACACAAGCACCACCCCGAAGGACCUGGGUAGUAAUUUAUCGACUUCAUCGCUGAACUUCAUGACUGAUGGUUGGAACAUGAGGACAAGAUUUGAAUCAUCACCAACAGGAGUGUUGCAGGAUUCUGGAUUUGGUUCAAUGUCCAGUAGUACAGGAAGUAGUCCCCGGGCAGAGAACCAUAAGGCGCACGAAAGUGAUGACCUCCUUGGCACAACCUUUGUGAAUCUAUCGGUGAAUCCCUCUCUCUAAUUCUUCCACGGAAAUAGAAAUGGCACGUUGAUGGAGAUGAUGCAGGCUGAUCUGAAGAGUCUGAGGAACGGAGACUGAAGCACAGGAUUGCUGAUGUUUAACAAGGUUCUCGCAAAGUUCUAACGAUCAUAACUAAUUUGGGAGGAAACCCGGUUCUGUAUUUGUGUUUUCUUUUAAACUCAUUUACUUAAAAAUUUUCUAUAGUGUGUGCUAGGAGUUGUAUGCUCUUCUGAUGGCAGUUUUGGCUUCAUUUUUUCAUGCUCAACAAAAGGUUGCAGGCAUUUCUCUA